GCAGGAUCCAUGCUCUUAGAUGAUUGGUCAAAACCCACUGAGAGGGAAGGGGCAGAAGUCAGAAGAGUGUAUAAUUCCAGCCCUGCUGGCUUGAACCUGCUGCUUUUCCACAGAGAGGGGAUACAAGAGAAAAGACUGUAGCAGAGUGGAGUGCAGUUCCUGCCGCUGAACCUGGUGAGGAAAUCCACUGGUCAGGAUAAUCUGGGCCCCUUUAUCAACAGUCAUGGGUCAGUUAUUCUCUGAUACAUCUAAGAAUGAAGACCGUGGAGAUUUGGAGUCCAGUUUUACUGCAUAUUUUAGGAAGACCAAGAAAGAAAGCAAAAUCAUUCCUCAGGAAACCAUCGAUUCAAUUGAGCUACACCUGACCAAAGGAAACAUUCAGGGGGCAAAUUCUAUAAUCAGGGAUGCAUUAAAAAAUAUUGAUAACAUCCCAAUAAACGUUGCUGUUACUGGAGAGUUUGGAGUAGGGAAGUCCAGUUUGAUCAAUGCCCUCAUGGGGGUUGGACCUGAAGAUGAAGGUGCAGCUGAAGUUGGGGUGGUAGAGACAACUAUGAGGAGAACUCCAUACAAACACCCCAAAAUUCAAACUUUGACUUUAUGGGACCUGCCUGGCCUUGGGACUGUGAACUUUCCACCAAAGGAUUAUCUGGAGAAAGUGAAUUUCCAAGAGUAUGAUUUCUUCAUCAUUGUUUCUGCCACACGUUUUAAAAGCCUUGAAUUAGACCUUGCCAAAGCAAUCAGAUUCAUGAAAAAGAAUUACUACUAUGUGAGAACCAAGGUGGACCAGGAUUUAGAAAAUGAGAAGCAAUGCAAUCCACACACCUUUGACAGAGAAAAGGCCAUGCAGAAAAUCAGAAGUAUAUGUGUGAAUAUCUUCAAUCAGAAUAACAUGGAUGCACCACAGAUUUUCUUGAUUUCUAACAGCAAUUUAUCUGACUAUGACUUUCCAGUCCUGAUGGACACCCUGGUAAAGGAUCUUCCUGCUCAAAAGCGCCACAAUUUAAGGCUUUUCUUGGCUAAUAUCACAGAGGCAGCCAUUGACAGAAAGCACAAGUCUAUGCAGCAGACUGUCUGGAUGGAAGCCUGCAAGGCUGGACUCUUAGCUACUGUUCCUGUAGUGGGCAUCCUCAGGGAUGAUGUGGAGGAGUUGAAGGUGAAGUUAAACCACUACCGAGUCGAAUUUGGAGUGGAUGAUGAAUCCCUGGAAGCCAUUGCUAAGGAUUCCCAAGUGCCUGUUGAAGAAUUAAAAAAAUUGAUUAAAUCCCCUUAUUUGUUGGAAAAUGAGGGAGAGACAUUAGGAGAAACGUUUUUCAAAUAUUUGGAGAAAUUUGCCUCAGCUACUGGUGGGCCCGUGGCUACAGGUCUCUACUUUAGGAAAACCUAUUACUUGCAAUAUCUGUUCCUUGAUACAGUGACUGAAGAUGCCAAAGUUCUCCUUAGACAAAUUUAAGAAAGUAGUUUAAACUCACCUUAUCCACAACUACUGACCAUGACAAGAUCAAAUGAUUACUAUCAAGAAGUCAUUAGAUGAAUUCCCCCUUCUGACAUAUUUCUUUACUCUAGCUAAUUGGCUAUCACCGUGGAGACACAUAAGAUAUGGACCAUGCUUCUUACUAUGUCACAGUCUGACAACCUCAGACCCUCUUCACCUCUCUACCCUCCUUCCUGUCUUUCAACUCCACCUGUUGAGGAAAAUUGUUUUAACUGGGCAAAGAUGUGUUACUUUUGUUUAUGCUGCAGAAUAUGACCUUAACUGUGUAAAAAGCGUGGUACAUUUGGCAUUCUAAUGUGGGGCUUGUAUUUUCAUGUAGUGCCUAAAAAAGCUGAGAAAAAAAGAAAAAAGAAAAAGAAAGAAGCCACAUUUAAAUAAAACCAGCCAGAGAUAGGCCCAGCAUUCAAUGCUAAUAGCGCUCUGUGUCACAAUUUGGGAGCCCAAAACAAACUCUGGUACAUUCUCCUGCACACUUAAAUACACACACACACACACACACACACACACACACACACACACACACUGAUGCACACAUCCACGAAUGGACACAUACAACACCCAAAAUGCACAAGCACACACAAAAGAAAUGAAUACGUACUUUGUAGCUUAUUCCUCCUAAUCAGCUAAUCAAACAUUCUAGUGGAAUCUUAGGAAGCUGGAGGCACUUGCCAUGCAUGUAUGAGGACCAGAGCUCAAUUUCCAGAACUCAUAUAAAUGUUCAGUGAGUGUGGCAGCCGCCUUGUACUUCCACGCUCAGAAGGCAGAAACAGUGCAACCUUGGAGCAGGUUGACUUCCUAGACUGUGUAGAUCUACAAGCUCUGGAUCUGGUUGAGAGAACCUGUCUUGGUGAAAAAAGGUAGAAAGUAACUGAGCAGGAGAUCCAACAUAAGCCUGAAAAGUCCGCACACAUGUAAACAUGCACACACCACACAGGGAAACAUUUUAAAUACAACAUAAAAUAAGAUUUAGGAAUGAAAUAAAGUCUUAAGUCUUAGAAAGUAUAGAAGCAUAAAAGUUUCAUGAGACCUUCAAGUAGUGGGUACAUUGUCUUAGUUUGUGCCUCUGUUGAUGGGAUUAAACACUAGCUGUUGGUACAUAGUCAAUGAAGAAAGUUGUGUGUGGAGAUUUCUGAGAGCUUGUGAGAAAACUCCAGGACAAAGACAAAAAGACAAAACUACUUGGCUAAAGCUAUCAUAAAAUUUACAUAUUUACAUACAAGAUUUUUGUAACUUCUGUUCUUCCAGAGCAUGGAUUUUUUCAUGGAAUGUGCUGUUGUGCUCCAGGAGUGGGUCUUGCUGUAGAUUUUCCGUCAUCUUACGACUAGUAUUAAGGAUGAUGUUUCCAAACAGAAGUUGUCCUCCUGACUCUGCACUGCCUAAACCCAGGUGACCUUGCCUUUGUGAUCGAUCAUAACUUGAACCCAAGUGAGGUUUGCUCACAUGAUCUUGCUUGACCCACAAAAUACCCUCAGAAUAUAAAUUGUGUGAGUCCCUGAAUAAAGUUGGUUAUUGCAUGAGA